UGAGGAAUAUCGCAUGCGUAACGAUCUGGUAACGAGGGUAAACAAUGUAGUCUUCAAUGUGCUGAAAAAGUCAUCAAUGAGAUGGGAAUAAAAAUGCAUAUUUACUUGUGUUGAUGACUGUACUGUGAAAAAUUCUAAAGUAAGUUUUCCAAUAAAGAGAGCUAUCUUUUAAAUUACUUUAAAAAAAGACUUGACCCUACAUUUUCUAUUAGUCUAUAAUUAGUAAAGGAAGUUAAUGUCACGAUCGGUCAUAGUCAAGUCCAAGUCAUUGUGAUUGUGAUUAUUGUGAAUACCCUGCCCCGGUUUAUAAGUUUAUUAAAUACUGAAUAAAAAUAAUUUUUAAAAAAUUAUAAAAAUUCUUACUUGAAAAAUUUGACUUACUGAUAAGUAUUGUAAGUGACUUAACUUAGUCUUCUUUGUUAAUUACUAAAAACUUUAGACUUAGUAGUCUUAGUUAAUUAGUUAGUUAUAAUCUGUGAGUGUGAGUGUUUUUUUAGUCACAGUAAAGUAACACUCUACUUGCUAGUAUUACUAGUAUUAGAAGACCGACUGUGACUAGAAACAGAGUAGAGCUAAACUUCUAGUGUCUGGAGACACUCUAAGUAAGUCACUCUUAGUCUUAGUCUUGGUAGUAAUAGUAGUAGUCUAUGCUUAUAUUAUGACUAUGAGUGACGACACACUAGAUUGGUGUAAGUAGUCUUCAGGAUAAUGAAUGAAGUACUGCAUUCAAGCUGUGUGAAGGAAAUAGUAGAAAAACAUAUGAUCAAUGAUAUGAUAUAUAAUAUAUGUGGAAGCUUGAAAUAUAAAGUUCUACUAUUUCCUUUACUAGUCUUCACUAAUGUAACUAAUUAUUAUUUAUUAUUACAUAGAUUGGGCUUAUGUUAUAAUAUAAAAUAUUAAUAUAAAAUACAUUUUUCUUUAAAACUCAUUGCUUAAUAAAAUUAUUAGGACUAGGGGCCUUUCUUACAAGUAUAAGUUAUGAAAGCCCAAACCUAACUUUGUGUAUAUGUAGCUGUAACUUAUUUAGUUAGUGAACAGUGAUUAGACUUCAGUAGACUCAGUCAACUUGGUAUCUCAGCAGUCCAAUUAAUAUUCAAAAUCAUCUAAAUUAGACUAAAUCUAAUCUUUAUUAUUCAUACUAUACUAAUCAUUAGCAAUUAUUUUCAAUAUUUAAUGCCUCUGUAUACAAUACUACUAAUAGUAUUGAAGAAUAUAAGAUUUGGAGUUCAGACAGUUAAUAAACCAGUGAUCCGCAGGUAUUCACUGUCCAUUGACAAUCCUUGUCUAUUUAUUGAAUAAAAUUUUUAAAAAUUCAGUCUCAAUAGUUAAGUUUAAAACAUUUAAAGUAAAUUAAAAUUACAGUAUUUUUGUUUCCAGCAAUUUUAAAUAACAAUAGAAAAUUUAUUCUAUAGAUAAUGGCAAGUUUUUAAUACAUAAUUUAAAGAUUAUGCGUCUAAAUUUUUAAUUGAUUUGGUUGUAUGCAAAAUAUUUCUGAGUUUUCCCCUGUUAUUAAAAUAUUUCUCGUAAUCAUAAUAUUUUUGUUGCGUUACAUGCUAAAUUUCUUUCAUUCUUUAGGCCUGUGGUGGAACAAAUUUGAUAAACACUGGUAAAGUUUGGUAUAUAUAUUAUAGGAUAGGGCAAAGAUGGGCCAGUAAUUUUUCAUUUUCUCAGGGUGUAAAGUAAAGGCUUAUUUAUAUAAUAGUUUGUUUCAUUUAACAUUAAAUUUAAAUAAGAGAUUUAAAUAUAUCUUUACCUAUAUUUUAUAUUCAUAAAUCCCGGAAGCCAAGACAUCUGUUAUUAUUGUUACUCCUUAAUUGGGCAUAAUCAUGUGUAACAUGGUAAUAAUAAUAGUAACAUAUAGUUGGUUGUUAAAAAUUAUAAAUUAUUGUACGAUUUAGCAACUUUAUUUCUUGAAAAAUGAUGUAAACUGAUAUUGCUAACACAAGCCAGACUUACCAAUUGCCCAUAAAUUUGCAGAAAGUCCAUAAAAAAUUGACCCAAUAUGACUUUUGCCUUAUUCCAUAAAAGUCCAUUUAAAAAUAAGAGAAAUCAUACAAAAAGCUUUUGGAGCUAUUUUUUUUUAAAAAAUAUGUAAAUCUUGCCGUUAGUCAUGUCUUCUUGCUUGCUUUUCACUUUCAUUAUCAUUUUCAGAAGAAUUUUAACUAUGAUGAGAAUGUCAUAAAAUAAACAAUAAAUGCUAUAAAAUAGACACAUGUCUCAUAAUCAUAUAACAUAGAGUCAUAAAGUCAUGAAAUUGCCAGAAAUUAUGUCACAAGUUUUGGCUUAGAUGACUCCAUUGUUUUUUAACAUAAUUUUAAUAAUUAUUUAUUAAAAAUGUUUUCAUAAAUGUUAUGCAUGUCCAUAAAAAUUGUGGAGAUUUAGAAUUUUUUUCAAUAAAUUUUAACCUUAACCGUAUGGUUUGACAUAAUUCAACUAUCCCUUAAAAUUAAAACAUUGUUUUGUUUUCAAUCAUUUAUUAACUCAGAAUAUAAAGUCUUCAUUUAUUUGGUAUAUUGAUAGACAAGCUUUCAUUCUUUAAAAUUAAUUCCUUAAAAACAUAAUUUUAUACUAUCACUCUUUAUACUAUUUGUGUUGAUUAACCAAUAUUUAAAACUAGUAAAUUAUAUCACUGUGAUGCUGUUUGUAAACUUCCCUAUGAGAAAAUAAUGAAAAAUAAAUUCACACCUAGUUCACAAACUCCAACACUCUCUACUCAGCUUUGCAUGUUCCUGAUUUACUGAUUGAAACAGAGAGCUAAUAAUACAAGUGUAACUUUGAUUGUUGUCUUUUUUCUACCAGAUGAGUGGAGCUCCUAUGUUAACAGGUGUUGAUGCCAUCCAUGUAGCCACUGUUUUUGAGGAUUGUAUAGAUCAGUUGGCUACACUUGGACGGAUUAUGCCCACAUCUUUUGAAUUCAGGCCUGAUGCACUGGAGGUAAGAAUUUCAAAAAAUAUUUUGAUGUUUUAGCAAUUAUAAAUGACAUACAUGAUAUUCUCAACUAUGUGAGUAUGCAAGUUAUAAAAAUGUAAAUCCAAUCACAUUGUCAAUGUCUAUAUUAAAAGUGCUACUAUGCAGUAGACCGUAGUUAUUAUGGACUUAAAUUGUCAAAUCCUUUAUAAUUUCUUUAACUGAUUUGUUUGAUAUAGUACUUUUUAUGGACAGUACUUUUUAUGAUGUAUGGUUCUAAUAAUGAGUAAAAUGAAGGUCAACUUUAGGGGCAUGACAAACUCAAUUCAGAAAAAAAAUAAAAACAAAGAUAGCCAAACAAUUCUUUUUUUUUUAGUAUCCUGGAGCAUUACAUUUACAUUGUACAACAUGUGAAAGCUAUGACUAAUUAAAGAUGAAAAAAAUGUUAUCUAUUGAAAAAAAUCAAAAUCGUAAAUGUAUAAAUAUCAUCAAAAAAAUAAAAGUGCAUACAUUUUACACACACAUUAAAUGAAUGUAAUGACUAGUUAAAAAUAUGAUGAUAUUUAAACAUUAAAAGGCAUGAAUUGAUCUGUAAGAUAAUUUUUGACAUGCUGUUAAACUUCCCAAAUUUAAUUGGCUCCUCACAAAUUAGUGUAAAACUUUGUCAAACCACGCUUCAUUUAUAUCACCUGAAUGAUUUAUAAAAAAAACAAUAUAUAACACAUUUUGUUAUGUUAAUUUCUUUUUCACUUUGGCAUAGUCAUUAUUUUUUUUAACUAUUGAAAUCCUAGCAAGAUUAAACAUGCAAAUUUUGUGUUUAAUAUUUUAGAAUUUAAAUUGGUCUUGCAUCUGGGAUUUUAUUAUAGUAGGCAGUAGGCUGAUAGUUAUUCAUUAUUCCUAGCUAGACAACUUUUUAAGUUUAAAAAACAGACUGAUUUUAUUUUAAACUGCCAUGAAAAAUACAUUUGUAUCUUACCCUUACCUUCAGAUUGUUCGUGGGGAGCUUAACCAGAUAGUAGAUUGCCAAGUUCAGUUAGAGAGGAGAUACCAAUCUGUUCUCAUUAAAAAGAUUGAAAUGCUUGGGGUGACAAAGAAUCCUGAAAAACUUCUUAAUAUUGAAAAAGAAGUCUUGAAUGCAGGUGGUGAUUUAAAGAACUCAACUCAUAUAUUUGGAAGAACUUUAAAACAAAAUCCACUUACAGCAGACAAUUUGAAUAAAAUUCAAGAUGAUAGGUAAUUUAAGAAAAUAGCAAGCAAUUACCUUCAAAUGAAUUGUCUAAGUUUCUUCAACAGUGCUUGAAAAAAAUAAUUGAUAUUAAUUAUGAUAUAAACAAUUUUUUAGAUUCAAUAUCACACUGAAGAAAGAAAUAGUGCUCUUUUAAAUGUAUGUACUUUUUAUUUUCAAACAGAGCCUAUGUUGAGAAUGUAGUGACUGCAACAAUGACAGAAUUAGUUCAAAACUGUAGUUUUGAGUCUUUGAUAGAAGCUGUAAGAGCUGAGAAACAACGCAAAGCAUCUCUACAGAGUACCAUACAGAAGUAAAUAUGGAGAUAAAUCUAUUAAUUUAAACAAUGAACUAGUAUGUAGAGCAGGGGUCUCAAACUCAUGGCCCCCGGGCCAUUUGCAGCCCGCAAGACAAUAUUUUGCGGCCCGCAACAUGGCAGCAAAGUUUAGUGUAAUGCGGCCCGCGAGUUAUCCCCAUUCUCAAAUAUAUAAUGUGAUCCUCCGCGCCGGUUUCAUUCGAAUCUCAGCGACUAGUCUAAUUAUGAUUUUUAUUGUGAUUGUAUAGAUUUGGAAGUUGAUUAUAAUUGUAAGAACCGUUUUAAAACCGGACUAAAAGUUUUUAUUUCAUAGCAUUUUUUGACACAAACGUGGCCAAAGUGCGGUUUUGAAAAAAUUUAAAAAGUCAGUUAGUGGGUAAUGCACAACCAUAAUUGUGUAAAAUGUAGCAAUCUGACAUAGCAUCAAAGAACCCCAAUUAAAAUUGCCCCUACUGUUAACGAGUGAGGGAAAUUCCGAGCCAGUCAGCUUGGUUCCAUUUCAAAAUAGGGAUUAGUCAAAAAAGCCUUUUCUGCGAUAAAAAAAUCAAAAUUCAUUCUACCUACAAUAGCAUCUUCCUUAACAUCAACAAUUCAUAAUAUUGCCUGCUCAUGCCUACUAUUUGAACACGUUUUAGCCUUCAAAGUCUUCGUGGAGAAGUAUGGGGUUGUUGUUCUUGUACUACGUGAUGCCAAAUAGCUCAUGGACUUGGCUUUUCUUGUUGACAUUACACAACUGUAUGUACUCAACAAGAACUUACAAAAACAGGGGUAGUUUGUUAGUGUUGCCAAUGACAAUGUCAUGGCAUUCUGCACAUAACUUGUAUUAUGGUUCUUUGAGAAACCUCUACCAUUUCCCAAAAUGAAAAGUACUCAUGGAUUAAGGAACACCAUUCAGUAGUGAAUAUACUGAUGCCAUUGCAAAGCUGCAGGAAGAAUCUGAUCACGUGUUUUAAGACUUCAAAACACACACAGCCACUUUUAAACUUGUUGCUGACCCUUUCUCAUUUAAUCCCCCCCCCCCUCCUUAUUCCUCACUUGCUCUUCAAAUGGGGCUGAUUGAAAUUCAGUGCAAUUCUAAGUUCAGGGAGGUGAAUGGAAAAACAGACAAGCAUGGAUAAUUUAUGAGAGCAUUGCCCUCCACCUUCACUGAGAUUUCCAGUUUGCUCAAGCGGAUCAUGUGCUUUUUUUUGGGAGUACCUAUAUCAGUGUGAAAAGCUCUUUUCCAAUUAUGAAAUUUAACAAGUCAAAGUUCAGGGCGAAUCUUGAUGAGCAUCUUCAAACUAUACUGAGUGUCUCAGGUGCUUACUCACUCAAGCCAUAUUUUGCUCAGCAUUGUAAGAAGAAGUGCUGCCAGGUCUCUGGCAACUAGGAGUAGGAGGAAGAAAGUGAAGCCUAGUUCUUGAGAACCCUUAAUAAUUUAUUUUGUUAUUAAUAAAUGUUGAGCAGUUUGUAACAUUUGUACUUUAUUGAAUUUGUAUUCGCUUUUUUCUUUUUUACUUGAUGUGGCCCAGUCUCAUUCAGACUCUACCUCCUGAGGCCCCCGGAUGAUUUGAGUUUGAGACCCCUGAUGUAGAGAUUCAAUUUGAUAAGCUCAAACUUCUAAUUAACAAUUAUAUUUAAUAGCAAGAGAUUGAAAUAUAAAAGGAAUAGCUGGUUGCAACAAAAUAAUUUAAAACAUGCCAUAUUUGUACAGCAUGUAAAAUUACUUUCAAAUAAAGAAAAUUAAAAAAAUUCCCUUUAGAUUAUAUGAAACUUGUGCUUCUCGUGCCUUAUUUGUCAAUUUUGUUGCAAUACAAAUUAUUUUAUGCAUUUAAUCCACAAAUUUCAAGCUAAUUUUAACUUGCUUUCCAAAUGCCAGAGAACAAGAUGGUAGAAAAAAGGUUAAAGAACUCCAGAAACAGUUAAUAGAUGUUAAGAAAGAAAGGGAAGUUGAAGUUCAACAAAGAAAAGAAAUGAUCUCUCACUUGAAAGAUCAGCUUCAAGUAUGCAUUAAGUCGAUUACAAAACUCCAUUUAGCUAUGCUUAUUUCUGGCACCAGUGUUGUUUUAUUCUCUUUGCUGUUAUUGUUUAUUUGUUUAAUCAUAAUCACAGGUCUCAUAAAAAGUUAUUUAAAAUUUAAUUUGCUGUAGAAAUGAAUGUUUCAUGCAAAGGAAAAAGAUAAUAAUUCAUAUCAUCUCUUCUUAAUUAAGAAGAAUUUGUUAAUUUUGAAUCAAAAUAAAAUUAUGGGCUUAAUUUCAAGAUAUGUACUAAUAUUGUUAAGUUGGUGUCCAACACAUUUUUAAUAAUUUAAAAAUAAAUCCAAGUAAAUAAUGUUUUCUUUUAGGAAAUGAAAGCAAAAACCAACAUGGAAGGAAAGUACAUUAAAAAAUGUGCAGAUGUUGCUGUUGCACAAUCCCAGAAAAAAUGUUUCUUGACGGAGAAGGAAAUGAAGGAUGAAAUUGAAGUAAAAUUUAGAUAAUAUUACUGAAUUUAUAUUUGAAAUGCCUCUUUAAAUUUUAGUUCUAAUUAAUUUGUAAUAUAAAGUCUCAUUUUUAUUCUUACACAAAUUUUAAAAAAAAUUGAUUUAUUAUUUACUUUCUUCAUUUUUGACAAUGAAGCAAGAUUUUCUACUCUAAAACUAGCUAACUUAAUGAUAUAGAUUCAUUGUAUUUUUACAGAAACUUCACCACAAAACAGAUGAAGAGAACAGGGCUCACAAAGAGAUUCUAAAAUAUUUACAGGAACAUCAAUCAGUAUGUGAAAUAUACAUUUCUCUUUCAACUUUGAUUUAUUUAAACUCCAUUUCUGGGUACAAAUGCCUUUUGGUAAAAUAUAUCUUUUAAAUUGAAUAUUUAAGCAUUGCCCUGGUUGGGUUGGAGAAAAAUCUGAAAAGAAAACCUCAGCCACAAAAUAAAAACUAUUAGAUGGUAUCAAACAGAAGGAGAUUUUAAAAAUGUAUAGUUAACUUUCUUAUAACAUAUUGUGUGAAACAAAAAUUUUUUUACUUGGAAAUAUACAAUAAAAGUUUAACAAGUUAACAAGCUGAAAAUUGACAAUUAUUUAGUUAUUUUUAAAAGUGGGAAUUUUUUGGAAUGGUUCCAAUAUUAGCAGCAUGUACGAAGGUAGAUAAGAAUUGUUCAGCUGCGUCCAAGGCGAAGCCUGAAAGUGGCAGCCCCCCCACCUCCCAAUUUCAUCAAUAAAUUAUGUAUAGGCAGUAUAUCAAAUGAAGUUAUAAAAGUGUGCCAGUUCUUUCACUUUGAAUGAGAGGGAGGGGGGAAGCAGGAAUCAAGCAAUCCAAAGACUAUGGAGCCAAGGAGUGAGUAGGGGCUCAUUGAUUUUUUUGUUAUAAAUUCAAAGUCCAGGGAUGCCUUUUGGCACUAACCUGAAUUUAGAUUUUCAUCAUUCAACACUUAAUUAGAGAGUUAAAGAAGAGAUGCUAGUGGAAAUUCUGGUUUCCCUUUACCUGGUUGUGUUUGUACAAAUCCUUCAAUUUUAAUUGUUAUUAAAUAUUAAUGCUGUUUUAUAACUUUUUAUUCAAACUGUUUAUUUGUUUAAAUUGCUUCAUUAAUAAAAAAAAACAACUUUUUUUAAAAUCAGUCAACAAAAUAUUUAUUUUUAAAUCCUGUUAUCCUGAAAUCACCAAAUGAAAGAAACCUGUCGAAUGCCGCCUUUAAAUAAUUUAGCUGUGUAAUUGGGUCAGAAUAAAAAAUGAUUUAUAGAAUUUUUUCAAUUGUAGCUGAAUGGUGAUGAGAAAGCUGACAGUAUUAAAUGUACAUAUAUGUCUUCAUAACAGCAUGGCUUAUAAUGCAACGCUAUGUUUUUAUAGAGAACACAUGUCGAAGAAUAGUAAUAAUAAUUCAUGGAAAAAUAUAAUUAUGCGUCUUUCCAUGCAUCAAUUACAUUUUUUUGUCCUUAUUUUCGACCCAAAUUCAGCCCCUCACAAAUAUAAAAACAUUUACGCCGGGGAUGGACCACCCCACAUCUUCUAGCUAUUGAAUAUAGGUCUAUAUACACAUAUAUAUUUUAAAAAAAAAAUUCAUAAAGGUCUGGGUGAUUAUUGUUUGAUUCUUUUUAAGGGAGAUCAAGAGCACUAUUACAUUUAAAGGCCUACAGUGUUUUAAUGAAAAAUUAUCUUAAAAAUUGAUUUUUAACUAUUUCUUUUUGGAAAUUAUCAGUUUCUAAAGAUAUAGUUGAGGAAAUGAAUAAGACAAUUUAUAGUUGCUUUACAAAACAUUCCACAGGAUUUAGAGAAAAAGCUUGAUUUUUGGAUAGAGAAGUAUGAGACUGAUAAAGAGGCCAAGCAGAAAGAGCUGGACACUUUGAAGCAAACCAAGGCCAAAGAUUUGGAGAAGUUACAAGAACUUACUAAACUGGUCAGUCUAAUCUAAAUGGAUACUAAAUAUUUUUGAAGAUAUAUUUAUGCUAUUCAUAAAACAUGAAAUAUUUACAUUUUUAAUUAUUUUUAUACUUUUUGCUAAUGUGAAAGCUUGUGAAAAGCUAUGAAUGUUAUUUUUAAAAAUUGAUCACUAUAUUUCAGUAUAAAGAGUAUGAACAGAUUGUAGUAGAGGACAGAAUUGAGAAAGAAAAAGCCAGGAGAAAAGCUGAGCAAGAAGCUAUAGAGCUUAAGGCAUCCAUUAAGGUAAAUUAUUUGUUUCUGUCAGCCAAACUCACUCAGCAGAGCACUGGGACAUGUUUUCUUAUAAUUUAUAUGCAGGGUGAGCCAGAAGUUGUUAGGCAAUCCAAUAAAAAAAAUUUUUUUUCUUCAAAUGUUUAAUGCCUGCAUAUGUGCAAUUCAUCUACCUUAGUAUCUGGCUGCUAAUGCAUGAUGGUGUAAUCUUUCACAUCACUCUUUGUGUAGAGUUUCUCAGGACACCAAUCUAAGUGACUGCAAUAACGUUUUUCACAGCAAGAAUAAAUAAAGGCCUGGAGAUCAUUAAAUUUCAUUCAUUGAUUUAAUGAAAGGUGGAUAAUUUAUGCCUUUUCUAAUCCACGGACCAUCAAAAUGCCAGCUUUCAGUUUCUCUGUGAUAAGUUCAGAUUACAUGUGCAUUGAAUUCUCUAUUCAAAGCAUGUACAAACUAUCAGGCAGGCCUAUUAUCAUAUAUAUUUGUGGUAGAAUUAUUCUUAUCUUGUGUUAUUGAAGGUUAAUUAUUUACAUUUUUCCUCUGACCACCAUAUUUCUCUCAAAGGCUAAUCUUGUCUUGCCAAAUUUUCAUAUUUGGCUCUAAUAUCUCAAAAGACAUGAAAAAAAUGAUACCUGUAUAACCACUUUGUAAACCAGGAGGGGAAAAAAAUCAUUUUCAAGGCUACACAAAUCAUAAUUAUUUUUACUAUCGGUUCAUUUUAUUACCAUGCAGAAGCCGCAUGUCAUGAAACAUUGGCAAAUAAAAAAAAGCAAAUUAAUAUUUAUGCCCAGCCUUUCAAAUUAAUAUUUACGCCCAGCACAAGGGUUUUGCCUCUUCGCGGCGUGGCGGACGAGUAAGGUAGACCCGACUACCCGAAACUAAAAAACCCGGCUAAACGCCAAAUGUCCGGUCCGAAAGACCCCUUGGGAAAGGGGACUGAUGACGCAAGUCAGUCCCUCUGGGGUGGAAGCGUUCUUCCCAGUCUCAGUAUUCAAUAUGGCAAGUACAAAUAGACUCGAAAACGUGGAGCUGGCAAAGCCAACCACGUCGAGAGCCUGUUAUACGGGUCUGCCCAGCAGAUGAGGCAGGCCUGUUCCAUACUUGCCGGGGCCAUUAAAGAGCAAUAGCUCGGUCCCAUACAGUGAAUGAAAUAUUUCAAUGGGGGUUUCUGUUCCCCUGUUUCCAACGGGUUCGUAUAAUCUGCGCUCUUCUAUCCACACAAAGUGUUCAUUGGUGAUAAACAAAGGUUCAUUGUCUGGAAUGUCAAUUCAUACUGCAGUGUUCAAUGGCGAAGCUAGGGUUAGUGCCACCUGGGGCAGGCCAAAAUUUUGCCUACUCCAUUCCAUGGGAAAAAAAACAACUCUACCUUUGCCAGAAAAUUUCCGCCCAGCCGCCCAUCUUUGCACGCCACUUGGUAGAUUUUGAUCACUGCUAGCUACACAACAUAUCAUCCAUAUUCUAAGUUUCUAAGCCAUGUUUAUCUGAAAUAAGAACCUCAACAAUAGUUGGUCAGGGGAGUGCUUCACUUAUUGUUUGUGUCUGUCCUCAUUUAGUGAUUAACAAUGCAAUUUUAUAUUAUAUGAAGCAUGCAAGUGGUGUUUUGAUUGAAGGCAUUGACAGUCUUCGUCUCAUUUGUUAAGUCCAUUUAAUACUAUCAUGUAUUGUCAGCUCAUAAUGCCCAGCUAAGUAGGGUAUAAUGUUUUGGUGUCAAUCACCGUUGUUUGAAAGUUGUAUCAAAUCCUCGUGAAAAGUUGAUUAACCUCGACUCUUAUUAACAAUCAAAACAGCAUCAUUAUUUCUUUCAAAAAUAUAAUUUUCAUUAAAAACGUAGUCCCUUUGUAAUUCCACAUGGCACCCUGCAAUCUCCCACGCCUCCCCCCUUGGGUUAAGUUAUCCACAUUGCCCCCCCCCACCCAAGGGGUGGAACUGCCCACCUUGAAAAGUGUAAUAUGGGUAGGACUUUGAGAACCACUGUCUGGGAACAUACGGUGGUUUCUUGAGUGAUAAGAAUUGAAGGGGUUUGUGAUUGUAAACUCACCACAUAGGCCCCAUGUCCAGGUCAGCCACAUAAAGGUUGGGAAGUGGGGGGAGGGUAGGGGGGGGGGGGGGUAAUUAAUGUUGUCAUAUAGCCAUGAACAAAAAUGUGUUUAUAAAAAAUAUAUAUACAUAACUUAAGGCCUUGUAACACUGAUUAAAAUUAUUUUUAUAUUCUAUUUCUUGCUAAACCUGCAAAACUUUUGUAUCUAUUCUAUGUUCUGUCUAUUGUAUUUUGUUUCAAUAAGACAUAACUUUAUAAAUGACCAUUUUUCCCCUCUGUUUCAUUAGCUUCAGUCUUGGUGGAGAGGAGUCAUGGUACGUAAAGGAUUUGGGCCAUUUGGAAAAAAGAAGAAAAAGAGAGGCAAAGGAAAGGGGAAAAAGAAAGGCAAGGGGAAGGGAGGCAAAAAAGGAAAGAAGAAAUAAUGUUGAUACUUUUCAUUUUGUAAUUUUUGUAUCAUUGAAGUUUUCUAAAUUUCAAGUAUUUCAAAUUAGGUACGUGAUAAGCAGAUUUGAAAAUUGAAUACAGCUUUACAAGGCAUGUAUAUGAAGUGUGUUUAAUGCAACAGUUUCUUGUCAUUUUAAAAUUGUCAAAUCAUAACUCUGUCAUAGUUACUGAUUUUUACAACAAAAUAUUUUUUAUUGUCCACUUGUUUUAUCGGAAGUUAAAGUUAAGUAAUACAAAAAAGAAAAUUCCCAGCUUAAAGAUCUUCUCAAAUGCGUUUACUCUAUAUUCUUAUGUAUCCCUUUAUCAUGUGAAAUAUAACUGACAUUUAUAAUAUAUUGUAAGAUAAGGAAUGUAAUAAAUAUAUUGUAAGAUGAGGAAUUAAAAUUGUCAGUGUCGAUUAUAAGUUAACAUUUUUACAGCUUUCAUUAAAAUAUGUAACCUCAACCUUUGUGUACAUUGUUAUUUAUUCUUAUUUUAAAAAGACAUCAGCUAAACUAAAAUCAGCGUAUGCUAACACACAUACACAACAUUUGAACUUGGUAUUAUUUUUUUUAUUUUUGGAGAAAAAAAUUCAUUAAAAAAUUAUAACAGUAUUAAAAUAUAU